AUGGGGAACAAGAACGCUCGAGCAAAAAAGUCUGUUGACCUACCAAACUUAAUCUUGCCAUUCCCGUCCGCCGUGGGUGGCGAAUCCAAUGGAUUUGCAGCCCUAAGCCCCAAAAGUCCUUUGGCAUUUAAAUCAUUCCGCCAGGGAACAUUGAUAACCCCAAACUUCGAAUCCUUGGGUAAAGGAGUAGCAAAGUCACUAUCUGCAACCUCACCAGAGUUUGUCCCGGCCGUUCCUGUCAAGAUUGCAUCAUAUCCGAAGGUCCAUGGGGAUACUAGUUCGAAAUCUUCGGCAUUCGAGAAAUCACAAAACCCACAGGACUUAUCGGAUCAUGCACAACUGACAGGAACGACCCACCAGAUCUAUACCAAGGUUGGCCAGUUGGAUGCUAUAACUGAACUGCAAAUGCGGAUGGAGACUGGUACCGUCCCGGCCAAUCGGAUCCAGCUAAACUCCACGAAUACUCACGGCCUUGAUCUGACGACAGCGUUCCAUCGAGUCCGAGAUAGUAUGGAUGCUAUCUCAAUUUCCUCUGUGCAAUCUACACCGAAGAAGACCGGAUCAAGCCCCUUUGUCACUCCGACGAAGCUGAAGGAGACCCCACUUUCAACACCAUCUCCCGUUGCAUUUCUCACUGGCCCUAGGCCAGAGAAAUCCCGUUUUGGUCGCGCAGAUAAAAAGAAGAAGGACAUCAUAAUCACCAAGCUUGGCGUCAUUAGAAACCUCGCCCGUAUUACCGAGCGCUUCACCGAGAGUGGAUAUCCGUAUAAGCAUGCAAGUGCCGAUGAAUUUCAACCUGAUGUCUAUGACGUGGCAGAUACUGUUAGCAAGAUGCCGGCGAAGGAGCGUGAGGAAUUCUGGGCGAAGAAUUGGAUCGAAAUUGAAGUUGAUUUGCGUUCCAAGGAAGAAAUGAUUUCUGACAAUGCUCAAGUGGAAGGAGAGGAGAAACCUCGCAAGGACUACGAAACGUUGCUCAAGUACAUCGAUAACCUCGGCCCAGACUUUACUGCCCAUGCUAGGUACAUGUUCGUCAACAUUAUUUUCCCCUCGAUUCUUGAUGCGGACCAAUCUAAGAUCAAUUCUUCUGUCUUGGGCUGCCAACAGACCCAUGAAUUUCAGCAUAUUGAGAAACUCGUAGCUAAAUUGCAACACUUCCCAAAAAUCAAGCGUUUAGAUGUCAUUCUACAAACGCCUUCCAACACCAAGAAGCCGCUCUCGAUUCCCCAGCUGAACUUGGUCCUUCCCUUCUACGACCUUGGGUUCACUGAUUGGAACAUUAAGUGGAAGACGAGUUUUAUGACAAAAGCCGAGCCGGUUGGUGGAUGGCCGAUUCAUUACCUCGACAAGGAGAGAAAUCGGCUCUUGAGGGAAAGAGAGCGAGUCAAGAACGCAAUUUUCGUUAGGAAGAGCUAA